CCGCCGCCGCCGCCGCCGCCGCCGCCGCCCCUGCCGGCCCUGGGCCCCAGAUGACCGAGUGGAGCCAGGUCUUCCAUCGGAGUUUUGGCCAUGACAGCCCCUUUCCAGUGGGCCAGAGAGCAGUGGCGACGUCUAGUCUCCUCCACCGCUGGCCGGGAGGAUAGAGAGAGAUCAUGCAGCUACUCGUCUCUGCUGGCAUGCGGUCGCCCCCCUCCACCCCCCUCCGGCAAGCACAGGGUGGUCGUUCCGCGUCGGCCCCGCUCUCAGGGGGGUCACGAGAGCAUGCUCGACUUCUACAUGGACAAUCGAAUCCGGACCACCAAGUAUACCCCCCUCAACUUUGUGCCCAGGAAUCUGUUUGAGCAGUUUCACAGGGCUGCCAAUCUGUACUUCCUGUUCUUGGCGGUGCUGAACUGGGUGCCACUGGUGGAGGCUUUCCAGAAGGAAAUCACCAUGCUGCCGUUAGUGGUGGUCCUGAUCAUCAUCGCCGUCAAAGACGGCCUGGAAGACUACCGGAAAUACACCAUUGACAAAAAGAUCAACAACCUGCUCACCAUGGUGUACUGCAGGACCGAGCGGCAGUACGUGGCCCGGCGCUGGAAGGACGUCAGGGUCGGAGAUUUGGUUCGCCUGUCCUGUAAUGAGCUCGUCCCUGCAGACCUGCUGCUGCUGUCCUCCUCUGACCCGGAUGGGCUGUGCCACGUCGAGACCUCGGGCCUGGAUGGGGAGAGCAGCCUGAAGCAGAGGCUGGUGGUGCGAGGCUGUGCAGAGCCGGACUCUGAAGUCAAUCCCGAGACCUUUUUUGGUCGGAUAGAAUGUGAAAGUCCCAAUGCUGACCUCAACAGAUUCCGCGGUUACCUAGAGCAUGCCACCCGGGAACGAGUGGGUCUCAGCAAAGAUAAUCUGCUGCUGCGGGGCUGCACUCUCCGAAACACCGAGGCGGCCGUCGGCAUCGUGGUCUACGCAGGCCACGAGACCAAAGCCAUGCUGAACAACAGCGGGCCCCGCUACAAGCGCAGCCGGCUGGAGCGGCGGGUCAACACGGACAUACUGUGGUGUGUUCUGCUGCUGCUCCUCAUGUGCCUCAUCGGGGCUGUGGGCCACGGAGUCUGGCUGAGCAGCUUCCCUUCAGCGCCGCCCUUCGCCGUCCCCGCACCGGACGGGCAGCCCCUUUCUCCAGCCUCGGCAGCGUUCCACAUGUUCUGGACCAUGAUCAUCCUCCUACAGGUCUUGAUCCCCAUUUCUCUGUACGUCUCCAUCGAAAUUGUCAAGCUGGGCCAGAUCUACUUUAUCCAGAGUGACGCUGACUUGUACCACGAGAAGACGGACUCGAAUGUGCAGUGCCGGGCACUGAACAUCACCGAGGACCUCGGGCAGAUCCAGUACCUGUUCUCGGACAAGACUGGAACCUUGACCCAGAACAAGAUGGUCUUCCGGCGCUGCAGCAUUGCCGGCCAGGACUACUGCCACCGGGCGAAUGCUAGGAGGCUGGAGUCCUAUCACGAGGCCGACUCUACGGAUGAGGACUCAGCUGACUCCCCGAAGAACCUGGCGGGUCAGGGGCCCGGCCUUGGGGGUGUCCACUCUCGCCCCACGACAGCAUUCAGCAGCCCCAUUGAGACGGACGUGGUCCCGGACCCCGGCCUCUGGCAAGAGCUCAGCCAGGCUGCUACCCAGCUGGCGUCCCGGCCGGGGUACGCUGACGAUAAUCAGCCCUCCAAGCCGAUGCAUGUUGUCGACUUCUUUCUGGCCAUGGCCAUUUGUAAUACAGUAGUCGUCUCUGUGCCCGACCAGCCCCGGCAGAAGGUAAGAACAGAUUUUUUUGUUUGUGUGUGGCCCUGGGGGCCGGGAGGAGCCAGGGACCUGGCAGUCCAGAGGGAACACCGGGUGCCCAGGGUGGCGUCUGUUGAGGGCGGAGGCCUGACCAAGGAGGGCGGGGGGGCAGCCGACUGCACUCAACAAGGCUUUGGGCGGGGAUUGGGAGGAGGCAGGGAGACCGAUGAAGAGGCCGAUGCCACGGUGAGACCCUCCUCGCCAGCAGGGCUGCCCGCCAAGUCCCUGGAGGAAAUCAAAAACCUCUUCCAACGCCUCUCGAUCCGAAGGUCAAGCUUGCCGGUGCCACCCUCUGGGAAGGAGCCAUCCGCCGGGGGCCCAGGCACCUGGGUUGGCAAACUGACUCCCCUCAGCCAGGGGAAGCCGGGGUCCCCAGGCGCUGACUGCCCUGAGCCUCCUCCUGGCCAGCCCCCGGCCUCGGGCCUGUGCUACGAAGCAGAGAGCCCAGACGAAGCUGCGCUGGUGCACGCGGCGCGUGCCUACCGCUGUACCCUGCAGUCCCGGACCCCCGGGCAGGUCACUGUGAGCCUGGCAGCACUGGGGCCUCUGACCUUUCAACUCCUUCACGUUCUGCCCUUUGACUCGGUGAGGAAGAGGAUGUCCGUCGUGGUCAGGCACCCCCUGUCCGACCACGUUGUUGUUUACACAAAGGGCGCAGAUUCCACCAUCAUGGACCUGCUUUUGUCGGCCUGUGACGCGGGCGAUGGUCCCAGGCAGCAACAGAAGGCGGUCAGAGAGCAGACCCAGAGGCACCUAGAUGACUAUGCCCGGAGGGGCCUGCGCACCCUGUGCUUUGCCAAGAAGGUGCUGAGCGACGCAGAGUAUGCACGGUGGCUACAGUGUCAUUUGGUGGCUGAAACCAGCAUUGAGGAGCGGGAGCAGCUACUCCUGGAGUCCGCCGUCAGGCUGGAGAAGGGGCUCACACUGCUCGGGGCUACGGGCAUUGAGGACCGCCUGCAGGAGGGGGUUCCCGAGACCAUCGAGGCCUUGCGGAGAGCGGGAAUCCGCAUCUGGAUGUUAACCGGGGACAAGCAGGAGACCGCCAUGAACAUUGCUUACGCCUGCCGCCUCCUGGAGCGGGAUGACAGGGUGUUUGUCCUCAGCACACAGAGCUCAGAUGCCUGCGCCCUGCUGCUGAGCUCCAUCCUGGAGGAGCUGGCGGGUCCCCCCGGCGUGGGACCGGGGGCCGGGCUGGUCGUGGAUGGGCAGACGCUGGAACUGGCGCUGCAGGAGGGGCUGCAGAGUCGAUUCUUGGCCCUAACCGGCCGCUGCCGCGCCGUAGUCUGCUGUCGGGCUGCGCCGCUGCAGAAGAGCCAGGUGGUCAGACUGGUGCGCAGCUCUCUCCACGUCAUGACCCUGGCCGUCGGGGACGGAGCCAAUGAUGUCAGCAUGAUCCAGGUGGCAGAUAUUGGCGUUGGGAUUUCAGGCCAAGAGGGCAUGCAGGCCGUGAUGGCCAGCGACUUUGCCUUGUCGCAGUUCAGGGACCUCCGCAAGCUGCUGCUGGUCCACGGCCACUGGUGCUACAUGCGGCUGGCCAACAUGGUCCUCUAUUUCUUCUACAAGAAUGUGACCUAUGUCAACCUCCUGUUCUGGUACCAGUUUUUCUGCGGGUUUUCGGGUGCAUCGAUGACAGAUUACUGGGUCCUGAUCUUCUUCAACCUCCUGUUCACCUCUGCCCCCCCCAUCGUCUACGGCAUCCUGGAGAAGGAUGUCUCAGCUGCUACCCUCCUCCGGCUGCCCGAGCUCUACCGGUCCGGCCAGGAGUCCGAGGCAUACUCACCGCUCACAUUCUGGGUCACGCUGCUGGACGCCUUUUACCAGAGCCUGGCUUGCUUCUUUUGCCCGUACUUCGCCUACCGCGACUCGGAUGUUCACAUCUUCACAUUUGGGAACCCGCUGAACACAGCAGCCUUGUUCAUCAUCCUGCUUCACCUCGUCAUUGAGAGCAGGAACCUGACCGGGGUUUACCUGCUGGUCCUUGCUGGCAGCAUCUUGCUGUACUUCAUCUUCUCACUUGUGUUCGGGCUCACGUGUGUGACCUGCAACCCGCCCUCCAACCCCUACUGGAUCAUGGCGGAUCACCUGUGCGACCCCACCUUCUACCUCAUCUGCGUCCUUACCCUCUGUGUGGCCCUGCUGCCCAGGUUCACCUUCCGCGUUCUUCAAGGAAGCCUGUGUCCAUCUCUGGUGGCCAAGGCCCAGCUCCUGGACAGCCUGCCUGAGGAAGAUGUGGGGAUUGCCCUGAAGGCCUGGGAAGUCGCCAAGUCUGAGCAGGAAUGGAGGAGUCAGGGGCAGACAGGCGGCAGCAGGGGGGACUGAGCUGGGCCAGAGGGGGCGAGGAGCCGGUCCCGAGGGUCUGGGCCCAACACACACCUGCCCAUAGAGGAUGGGCCGUGACAGUGGCAGCAGGACUGAAUUCCCCAGCAGGAAUGGGGAGUGUCUCCUGUCUACACUGAGAGGUGUCUGGCCUGAGCCACUGGCAGGCAGGUGGCCUGGGGAGCCGGGGGAAAGCCACCCCUCUCUCCUCACUCCCGGGCCCUGACUCCCAUCCCCUGGUGGAGGGUUGGGGGGUGGAGGGAAUCUCUGGAAAAGUUUCUGACUCUUGGAUUGCCAACAUAUUAGGCAUUAGCUCUGGCUUUGGCUGGCGGGCAGCAGUUGGAGCAUCCCGCUUUGGGGUGUGGCAAAGCCUGCAAAACACCCCAUGCUGCCCAGGUGUCGGGGGUGGCUGCACCAGAUGGGUGCUCUGGAAGAGCGGCUUCCCAGGACUCGCUGUGGGCCCUACACUGGAGGCCUCCUUCGGCUGCUCUUCCACCACUGUGUCCAGGCAAGGUGGUGCAAGAACUUCCCCGAAUCCAGUAGUUGCAUUGGAGCCAGAGCACGCAGUACAACCUGUCCUGCGGCUGAGUGUCCCGUCAGUGUAUGCACGUGUGGUCCCGGGUCACGCGGGCAUGUGUGAGCAGGGAGGAGGCUGCAGGUGCUGUCCCAAGGUCACCCUCUGGCACUCUGGGCCCCCUUGUCACAGGUCUUUAGAUAAAGUGGAAAAGACUACACGGGUGGGGGAUCCUGCAUUUU